AUGAGGCCAACUGAUUCUGAUGCAAGAUCGCCUUGCCCUGCUCUUAAUUGUUUAGCAAAUCAUGGAUACAUUCCUCGUAAUGGAAAAGAUAUUACAAUAUGUCAAUUGAUGAAUGGUUUAAUGAAAGGUUUUAAUCUUUCAAGAGGUUUGGCUAUUUUCCAAACAUUAAAUACCUUUUCAUACUUUGGAAAAAUAUUCAAAAAUAAAUUAUCACUAGAAGAUUUACAUCAACAUAAUAAACUUGAACAUGAUGCAUCAAUAACUCGUAUUGAUAAAGACUUGGGCCCUAAUUGGGAAGUUAAUCAUGAUUUGAUAAAUUUAUUCCUGGGACAACAACAAUAUGAUGGAAAAAUAACCAAAGAUUCUUUCAUGAAAAUUCACAAAAUACGUUACAACGAUUCUAAAAGUAAUAACACCAACUUUACAUAUGAGUGGAAACAAAACAACUUGGCUUUUGGUGAAUACAGUUUGUUCUUGACUAUUAUAGGUGCUGCUACAAACAACGAAGUUGAUGUGGAUUGUGCUGAUAGUAUUUUGAGAGAUGAAAGAAUCCCCAGCGAUUGGAAGUUUGGUGAAUCUUCUAUCACUUUAAUUAAAUUAUUAAAAUAUCAAAAAUACCUUGAAACGCAAUACAAAGAAAAAUAUGGAGAUGAUGAUGUUGAUAAUAAUAAUAGCAAGAAUAAAAAUGAGAUUGAGAAUAGCAAGAAGAAUGAUAGUUUUUAUAAAAAAACAAUUAGAUUAUUAAAGCAUUAA